GUAAAAUGGACGAAAAAAACAUUGGGGACAAUGGCCCCGGCCUGAAGCAGGAAGAAACUCGCCGUGAGAAUCUGCUUCUCUUCCUCAGCGAAGAACAGGCCCUCGCCAAAGCCAGAGCCAGCCCUGACCAGCCGCUGCCCAUUUGUGUGACUUUUUCCCACGAUGAUCGUGAGAAUCCGCGCAACUGGCCGAAAUGGCGCAAGUGGUAUACGACCCUCGUGGUCUGCAUGCUCAAUGUCAUCACAACGUGGUGUGCUGGCAGCAUCUCCUCCGGUGCGACCGAGAUUGCUUCGGAAUUCAACGUCUCCUCUGAAGUCACGACGCUCUGUCUGUCCCUCUACGUGCUCGGCUAUGCGGUUGGCCCUGUCAUGCUCGCUCCCUUGAGUGAGUAUUUUGGUCGCCAGCCCGUCUAUGUCGUCUCGUGGUUCAUCCUCUUCAUCUUCCAGCUUCCUCUGGCGUUGGCCCCCAACAUCGGCACCAUCCUGGUCUGUCGCUUCAUUGCUGGAUGUGCUGGAGGCGCUCCCCUGACCAACACUGGCGGCACAAUCAGUGAUAUCUGGGAGCGCAACUCGAGUGGUGGCCCCAUGGCCUUUUACGGUCUCAGCAGUACCUUUGGCCCUCCCAUGGCGCUGGUCAUCAGUGGCUAUAUCGGCCUCAAUCUCGGCUGGCGCUGGAUCUUCUGGAUCCUCAUGGCCAUCACCGGUGGCAUCUGGGUGCUCAUCACCCUUACCGUGCCUGAGACGCGUCACACCAUCAUCCUCGAGCGCAAGGCCAAGCGCGUCCAGAAGAUCAUGCAGCAGGAGAACCUCGCUUCUGCUGCAUCCACCACCGACGCCCACGCGAAGAAGGGCCUCCACCAGCUCUUCGCGACCACCCUCACCCGGCCCUUCCGCUUCCUCUUCUCAGAGCCCAUCACGACCUUCUCGGCCAUCUACAAUGGCUUCCUCUACGGCCUCGUCUACCUCUUCAACGAGGCCAUUCCUCUCGUCUUUGGCGAGCCCAACGGCCACGGCUUCAACGUUGGCCAGCAGGGCCUGGCCUUCCUGGGCAUGGCUAUUGGCCCCCUCAUCGCCUUCUGCUUCUACCCCCUCCAAGAACGAUACUACCUCCGUCGCGUCGCCGAGAACGAAGGCCGCGGCGUGCCCGAAGCACGCAUGUGGAUGGCCCGUCUUGGUGCCAUCUUCAUCCCCGUCUCCCUCUUCUGGUUCGGCUGGACGAGCUACCGCUCCGUCCACUGGAUCGUACCCAUCAUCGCCUCUUCGUUCUUCGGCGCGGGUAUCUACAUUGUCAUCCUGAGUAUCCUCAACUACGUCGUGGAUAGCUACCAGACAUACUCUGCGUCUGCAUUGGCGGGCGUGAUUCUCGUGCGCAACGUCGUCGGCGCUGGAUUCCCCCUGUUCGCGACGCAGAUGUAUGAAAAGUUGGACUAUGAGUGGGCGUCGAGUCUGUUGGGGUUCCUGGCUAUCCUCCUCGUGCCGAUUCCGUUUGUUUUCUUCCACUUUGGUCGUGCUAUUCGUCUGAGGAGUCCUUGGGCUAGAGAGCACUUUGACCAGACUGAGGAUACCCCUCACUGA